CCCGGAUACGUGACCCCUUCCGCUCCUCCGAUGAUGCCUGCCCCUCUUGGACACCCUAAUGUUGUCUACCCCGUGCCUACAAACCCCGGAUUCCCACCCCCAGGCUACGUGCCCCUUCCGGUGCCUCCGAUGAUGCCUGCCCCUUUCGGACACCCUAAUGCUGUCUACCCCGCGCCCCCGAACCCCGGAGUCCCGCCAGUACCCCCAGGCUACGUGCCCCCUCCGGUCCCCGCGAUGAUGCCUGCCCCUCCGCCUGAUCUCCGACCCACCGGCUGCCCCCCAGGACUGGAAUACCUGAUUCAAAUCGACCAGCUUCUCGUCCAUCAGACUUUUCAUCUGGCCGAACUGCUUGGUUGGGAGGUUAGAAAUUCCUACAAUGUGAAGAACAGCAUCGGGCAACAAGUGUUUCUCGCGGAAGAGGAGAACAACUGCUGCACCCUACAGUGCUUUGGUCCCAGCCGACCUUUCACCUUUCACAUCCAGGACAACCUGGGGCAGGAGGUGCUGACCCUGACGCGCCCUCUUGCGUGCAGCUACUGCUGCUUCCCCUGCUGCCUGCAAGACCUGGAGGUGCAGAGUCCCCCCGGUAUUCCAAUAGGGUAUGUGGUGCAGGAGUGUCACCCGUUCCUGCCCAAACUCACUGUGCUGAACGAGAGGAGACAGCCUCAGCUGAGGAUCAAAGGGCCGCUGUUUUUCUGUAGUUGUUGCAGAGACGUCACAUUUGAGGUAAAGACUCUGGAUGACUCAAUGUCGAUAGGACACAUCAAUAAGCAGUGGUCCGGCUUCCUGCGAGAAGCCUACACAGACGCGGAUAAUUUUGGAAUCGUGUUCCCAAUGGACCUGGAUGUGAAGAUGAAGGCUGUGCUGCUGGGAGCCUGCUUCCUGAUCGAUUUCCUGUAUUUUGAGGAACGGAAAGGAGACAAGAAACAUUGA